CCGCCGCGCCCCUCCCGCCCCUUCCCGCCGGAGGCAGCGCCACGUCUCGGGCGGCAGUCGGGCGGGCGGCCACAGGGAAUGAGGAUCCUUGCUGAUUAAAGCUUUGGCUGUCAGCUGUUUUCAUGAUCUGGAAUCAUCAGCUGCCUGCUGCUCACCAAGAGCUGAAAGCUCAGAACUGUGCCCUGCAUAACACCUUGAUGCUGUUGCUAAUGGAGAGAAACUGGACUCGGUAGUUUGCUUGGCAGCACAUUUAGAAGAAAUACUUUCCUGUGAUCUGGAUUGUUUUUACCAUGGAAUCCUCAUCCAUGCAGCAGGAUGUUCUGUUGGACAACAGGAGCAGCAGUGGGGCUCCUGGCACCUCUCAAGAACAUGGGGAUUGUAACGCCAAGUCAGCUUUGCGUGUUACAGGAGAUGAAGUUAACCCCACCAGUGUUAACCUCAGCGAAGUGCCAAAUGAAGAGGGAAGUCUGGAGCUAAACAGCAAAGCGGACGCCUGCCAGAAUGGGCCAGAGUUGCUCUUCCCUGACUCUCCCAUAUCUUUUGAUCCCACCAGCAGUCCUCAGGGUCAAGAGUCAUCCCCAGGUGUGCCUGGUUUCCAUGACAGCCUAAGGAAGUCUCAGGGAACUAGUGCUGAGGGCAUAGCUCUUAGAAAAGAAGCUUUGCAGUCUCUCAAACUAAGCCUUCCCAUGCAAGAAACAGAAUUGUGCUCAGUAGAGGCUUCCCUCCCGUUGGAGAAUGAAGAACAAAUACGACUUCAAGCAAGAAGACGGCUAGAAGAGCAGCUCAGACAGUACAGGGUGAAGAGACAUCAGGAGAGAUCUAACCAGUCUGCAUCCAAGAGCCGGCCCUCCAGCACAUUGGAUCCUGAGCUGAUGUUAAACCCAGAAAUCUUACCAAGGGCCAGCACUGUAGCAAUGACGAAGGAAUACUCCUUUUUGCGGACCAGUGUCCCCAGGGGGCCGAAACUGGGAAGCCUGGGACUUCCAGCAUCUUCAAAAGAGAGAAAAAGUUCAAAGUCUUCGAAGUCCACUAAGAUCCGGUCCUUGGCUGACUACAGAACUGAAGAUUCAGGCUCUGGAAGUUCUGCAGGGAAUCUUGUGGCUCCUGAUUUACCUGGUGGGACUUUGAAGCAAAGCAGAAGUGGUCCAGCAUCAGUUGUUUCUGAGAUUAGUCUGCCUUUUGACACAGAUGAUCGAAUAGAGGAUUCCUCCUUGGCAGGAGAUAGCGUUUCAGAGAUUGAUGGAAGUGAAGUGGGAAUGAGGCUGGAUGGAAAUGAAAGCGACAGCUCUACUUACAGCAGCGUAUCAGGAAAGGGGCUGUAUAACAAUUUACCAAAUUCAGAAGGCAAGCAGAGAAUUCCAUACACAAUAAAUGGUCAGAAGAUACAUCCUGAUGCGAUAGGACAAUUUCCUUCCAUCAGUGAAGUGCUACAGGCUGCAGCAGUGGAGCACCAAGCCCAAGAGCAAGAAUUUAAUGGGGAAAUACGGAGCCGGAGAGACAGUAUUUCUAGCAGUGUAUCUAUGGAAAGCUCUGUCGCAGGAACUCAUGACGAAAUGUUGCAGGUGCUAAAGGAGAAGAUGAGACUUGAAGGACAACUAGAGGCACUUUCUGUAGAAGCUAAUCAGGCUCUGAAAGAGAAGGCUGAGCUGCAGGCCCAACUUGCAGCUUUGAACAUGAAGCUUCAGGCGCAGGUGGAGCACAGCCAAAGCAGCCAACAGAAGCAGGAAUCGCUGAGCUCCGAAGUGGCCACAUUAAAGCAGUCUUGCUGGGACCUGGAACGAGCAAUGGCUGACCUGCAAAACACCUUGGAAGCAAAGAACGCUAGUUUGGCUUCUUCAAAUAAUGAUUUGCAGCUAGCAGAGGAGCAGUACCAAAGACUCAUGCUGAAAGUUGAAGAUAUGCAAAAAAGUGUUCUCACCAGAGACAGCACAGUUCAUGAUCUGCGACAGCAGUUAGCUUCCUUACAGAACCAACUUCAGAAAGUGCAGCUGGAACGAACCACGCUGACCAAUAAGCUGAAAGCAUCUGAAACAGAAAUCACUUCUCUCCAGAAUGUGCGACAGUGGUACCAGCAGCAGCUGGUUCUUGCACAGGAGGCUCGAGUCAGGCUGCAGAGCGAGAUGGCCAAUAUACAGGCUGGGCAAAUGACCCAAGCAGGUGUGUUGGAACAUCUCAAACUGGAGAAUGUGGCAUUGUCUCAGCAGUUGACUGAAACCCAGCACAGAUCUAUUAAAGAAAAGGAACGUAUUGCAGCACAGCUGCAGAACAUUGAGGCUGACAUGUUGGACCAAGAAGCUGCCUUCAUGCAGAUCCAAGAGGCUAAAACCAUGGUGGAAGAAGACUUGCAGAGAAAACUAGAGGAGUUUGAGGAUGAGAAAGAACAGCUUCAGAAAAUGGCUGACUCUGCAGCAACUUUGGAGCAAGAGCUGGAUCAGGUCAAACUGACUUUGCAUCAGAGAGAUUUGCAGCUUGAAUCUUUACAGCAAGAGCACCUAGAUCUAAUGAAACAAUUCACCGUGACCCAAGAGAUGUUGCAUACCAAAGAGCAGACCCUGGAUGACCUGCAAACUCAGUAUGAUGAACUGAAGGCCAGAUUAGAAGAGUUCCAAAGUGAUGCUACUUCUAAAGAUGACAUGAUACAGUAUUUGCAAAAUGAGAAGAUUGUCUUGGAAGUUGCUCUGCAGACAGCAAAAGCAAGCCAAGAGCAACUUGAUGAAGGAACAAAACGCCUUGGAGAAGAUACAGAAGUAACAUCAGAAAUCUUGGAACAGUUGAGACAAGAGAUGGCAAUUAAGUCAAGCCAGGUAGAAAAUCUGCAACAGGAAAAUGGCAGCCUUAAAAAACAGGUUCAAAAAGUGAAGGAACAGUUCCUACAGCAGAAGGUGAUGGUGGAAGCUUAUCGAAGAGAUGCAAGUUCUAAGGACCAGCUGAUUAGUGAACUGAAAGCUACGAAGAAGCGCCUGGACGCGGAACUGAAAGAGUUAAAGCGAGAACUGCUACGAAUUCAAGUAGAAAAGCAGUCACUGGAAUCUGAACAUUCAAAACUACAGAAGGAAGUGACUGAGGUUCGCCAGCAGAUGGUGGAAAUAGAAAAUCAUCUUCAGUCCGUGCAGAAAGAACGAGAUGAAAUGGAAACACGCCUACAGUCUCUGCAGUUUGAUAAGGAGCAAAUGGCAUCUCUUGCUGAGGCAAAUCAGACAUUAAAACUGCAAGUAGAACAAAUGCAAGAAGAAGCAAAGAAGGCCAUUACUGAGCAGAAACAGAAAAUGAAGCGUCUAGGGUCAGAUCUGACAAGUGCUCAGAAGGAGAUGAAAGCAAAGCAUAAAGCCUAUGAGAAUGCAGUCAGCAUUCUGAGUCGGCGACUGCAGGAAUCCCUCACUGCAAAGGAGUCUGCUGAAGCAGAGCUGAGCAAGCUAAAAGCACAAAUCACUGAUGGUGGAAGCAACCAGAUUGCUCAAGAAAGGAUUCAAGCCCUGGAGACAGAAUUGCAAGCUGUUAGAAGCAGUAAGUUGAUGCUGGAAAAAGAGUUGCAAGAAGUGAUUUCACUUACCAGCCAAGAGCUUGAGGAAUACAGAGAGAAAGUGCUGGAACUUGAGGAUGAGCUUCAGGAGUCUCGAGGGUUCAGGAGGAAGAUAAAACGUUUAGAAGAGAUUAACAAGAAGUUGGCCCUUGAACUGGAACAUGAACGUGGAAAACUCACAGGCCUUAGUCAGUCUAAUGCUGCUUUGCGAGAGCACAACAAUGUUCUAGAAACAGCGUUAGCAAAAAGAGAAGCAGAUUUGGUCCAACUGAAUCUACAGGUUCAGGCAGUCCUAAAGCGGAAGGAGGAAGAGGACCAGCAAAUGCAACAACUUAUUCAAGCUUUACAGGCUUCCUUGGAGAAAGAAAAGUCAAAAGUUAAAGACCUUAAGGAGCAGGUAGCAGCAGCCAAAGCAGAUGCAGCACACAACCGCCGUCAUUACAGAGCUGCUGCCCUUGAGCUCAAUGAGGUCAAGAAAGAGCUACAUGCCAAAGAACUGCUUGUCCAAGCCCUUCAGGCUGAAGUGGACAAACUGCAGGUAGAGGAUGAGAAGCAUUCCCAGGAAGUAUCACAGUUUCAGCAAGAGCUGGCAGAAGCCAGAUCUCAGCUCCAACUUCUGCAGAGAAAGCUGGAUGAAAAGCUGAGUGAGCAGCCUUUAGUAAGCCAAGAGGUGGAAGACCUCAAGUGGGAAGUAGAACAAAAAGAAAGAGAAAUUGAAACACUUAAGCAGCAGUUGGACAUGAGUGAGCAGCGCAGCCAUAAGGAACUGGAAGGGAUGCAAGUUGUCCUGCAGAAUAUCAAGACUGAGUUGGAAAUGGUGAGAGAAGAUCUGUCGGUGACUCAAAAGGAUAAGUUUAUGCUGCAGGCUAAAGUGAGUGAACUGAAGAACAGCAUGAAGUCACUGCUGCAGCAGAACCAGCAACUGAAGAUGGACCUGAAGCAUGGCAAGAUGAAGAAGCAGAGGAAAGGAGAGAACAAUUCCUCAAAUCCUGUGACUCCAGUCAAGAUCCCGGAUUGCCCGGUGCCUGCAGCCUUGCUGGAAGAACUGUUAAAACCAUCGACAGCUGUGAGCAAGGAGCCUUUAAAAAAUCUGAACAGCUGUCUGCGGCAAUUGAAGCAAGAAAUGGACAGUCUUCAGCGUCAGAUGGAGGAACACACCAUUACAGUGCAUGAAUCAAUGUCUUCAUGGACUCAGAUUGAGGAGCAGCUAAUGGACUUUACCUCCACUGGUCCUGCAGCUGCUUCAGAGCAGCAGGAGCGUCCUGCUUUGGUUGAAAAGAAGCAGAAUUGCGAUGUUAGCGACAAGGAAGCUUUGACACUAUAACCUCCUCAGCAGUUGUCUUUCUUCCCAUUGCUUUAAGUGUGUAAACAAAUCUUUAUCAGAAAUAUUUAUUUAUUUCAUUUUUAAAAUGGUCUUCAGAAUUUUGCUUUUGCCUGUAGAAUUAAAAGGCACGGUUUAUGACAUCAGCAUAAUAGUAAGUGCAGAAUGUGCUGUUCUAAGGGUUUGUUUGAAAGCUUACUGUAAUGAAACUUCAUUGUAAUAAUUCUACCAUACUGGGGACUGCCAAGUGAGAAAUCUGGCUUGUUUUUGGGUUUAGUGAGAGGUUAAGUUGAAGACUUACACUGAGCCCCAGAAGACCAUCUGCUUCCAGGUCUGCAUUUGUUUAAUCUGGGUAAAUUUGUUAGCAGAUGACAGUUAAUUAUGCUUCAUCUGUUUUUUGUUCUGUUUAGUUCUUUUUUCUUUGGGUUGAGGGUCAGAUUUUUGUUUUUCUCUCUUUGUGGGCUGUGUCCAGAGCACAGAGAAAAAGAGAAGUCCUGCUCGUGUUCAGCUGCAGGCAGUGGUUGAAAAAUGGCUACUCCUACUAGAACAUUAUCCUUCCCCACACCUAUAAUCUCUUUAAAUUUGAGAUUACAGGUGUCUGUAUUUAAAAAUUAAAAAAAAAAAAAAAAAAAGAAGCAUUUGAAGCCCUUUCUAGUUAUAAAGAUGACAGAACUUUGGCAGUUUUGCCUGGGAUGUUUUCAUAAGUGUCACAGUUUCUCUCUUACAGCUGCAGGCCAGUAGGGAGCUUUGCUUCACUGCACAAACACUUCUUGCACCUUUUUAGUUCGACUUUUGAAGUAGACAUCCUUGAUUAAAGGUAUGCUUGUAAUAUAUAUUUAUAUAUAUAAGAGAUAAAAAUCAUAAUUUUCUGACUGUUUUAAUAUGCUUGUAUGCAGUAAGUCAAGGCUGACAUGAGGUUGUUUUUUUUGUUGUUGUCUGUUACUCUCUUUGUUAUAUUAUUACAUUUUAAGUUUGCUGGGUUUUAACAUUCUGUCAAAUGGCUUAGGGAAGUUAGCCCCCAAAGCCAGAGCUUCUAGGUAUAUAAUUAUUUUGCUUUGGAAGACAGAAUUAUAAUGCCUAUAAAAUUAUUAUUUCUAUUAUCUUCCCAACACACUUCACCCCCUCCCCCUACAUCCUCUAUGAUAAGGCGUCCACUGUGAGUGGAAGUGGUGGCACUGUGAUGCCUUAGCUAAGCUGUUAUUACUCUCCUUUGGUCCCGUGGGCCUGCGUGGCUCAGAGGCAGUGAUAAACCCCUCAUUCAAAAACUGCUGCAGAGGUACUGCUGCAUCCAGUGUCCUAAGGCACAGAGCAAAAUGUACAGGAUGUUCUUUGGAAGGUUGAGUGGCUGCUUGUGCCGGCGUGGUUUUGUGUUUGAAACAGACAGAAAACAGGUCAAUUGUAUUCACUGUAGGCUGGUGUGAAAAAUGAAUCUAACAAGUGCAAGGAGACUGAUCAGCUGUUAAAAAAAAAAAAAAAAAAAAAAAAAAAAAAAGCAUCUCUUCAAGUAACUUUUUCAUAAUUAGCUAUAACCCGGGGUUUGGAGAAGUUUCCCUGUCAGUUGUCCAGCUUGUUUAUUUUUCUCAAGAGGAAGUAGCUUCUUGGAGGAGGCUGCUUUUGGAUGGGUUUGGGUGUUUUGAGAGGAGACGAUUGCAGUUUGCUUCAAAUAAGUCAAAACUGGAUGAGGGGUGGGGAUUGGGUGGAGGGAAUAACGUUUAUCCAGCUUUGGAGCUCAUAAUUACCUAUUGAAGCUCAAAUCCAGUUGAACACUCAGUAGUUAGCAUCUGUGCUGAAUGACAUUGUUUCCCUUGCUCAGCUCCUGGAUUUUAACUGGCAUUUUGUGGAGUCAGAGUCAAGUGAUGUUAAAAGCCAAGGUUUUCAAGUUAGCAAAGGGAGAAAUGCCUUAGUGUAAAUUAGGUGUCCAACAUACAGAGUUACUGACAAAUUUAAAGAAAAGCCAGAAGCUUUACUGACUAGCUUAACCAUGUUAAUGUCUGCAAACCACUGCAGUCCACUUUGCAGAGUCAAUGGUACUGGUUAUCUCGCUGCUGUCAUGUUCUUGAAGUUGCCUGUAUAUUAAGCUCUAAGAAGAAAAACAUAUGCAGUGUUGUCAAAUAAUAAAAUCAAAUCUACGUAGGGAGUAAUAUAUUCAGUACAAAAAGUUAUCGAAUGUUGAGGAUUUUAAAUAAAAUAACACUUGUGCAGGGUUAACGUUGGUGUUCAUUUUGGUGAAUAUGUUGCCUACAGUUAAUCCAUUAUGUUUUAAUCUCUGAAGUUUGCCAACAGUUGUAUAGAUAAAGCUUUUAUCUGAUCUCAGAGAAGCCAGGAUUGUAAGAAAUCUUCAUAGGUCUUGUCUUAAAAAUGUCUGUUCUUUUUGUAUCAGUACUGCAUUCUGUCUUCGGUGCAGCGCUGUGUUUUUGCACUAGCUCCUUAUGAAGGCAGCUGAGUUGGUACAGUCAGGUAGUCUUAGGUAUGUAUUUUUCUUUUUAAAGAUGAAGGAGCUGUUGUGAAAUGCUGAGAUUAGAUUUCUGCAUUGAUCGACCUGUCUCUCUUUCAAAGUUCCUGGGCACUAGUUAUUUUAUUUUCACCGUGUGGUUUUCUAUAGACACAAGCACCAUGCCAUUUGUUUCAUUGCAGAUCAGAGAUAAGGUCUGUGGGUCCAAACCUGGUGUGGUCCUAAGUGCUGAAGUCAGAGGAGUCACUAGAAAGCCUUCUAGAAGGGGCACUCAGGAUGUGACAAAAGGAAAGGCCUUUUCUUUCAAGCUAUCAGCUAUGUAUCUUAAUUAUCCAGAGAAAUAGUUGCUGCUUAAUUAAGAGGCCUCGCCCUGAGGCUGAACAUGCACUCUCUACAGAGGCAGAGGUCUCUUGCUGUCUGGGCAGUAGAGUAGUUACUGGAAUGAGAAGUGGGUCCCCUCUGCAUGUCUGCGAACUGCCAAAUGUAUCAGAAGAGUGUCAGUGCCUCAUUGAUGUUGGUGUGCUUUUAGAAAUUGGAGAAUACUGUUUCAAAAGGGUUUUUUGCUUUCUCAAGUAUUUGAGGGGAAUGUAUUUUCCUUGUCUGUUUUUCAGCAGUUGCUACCCACUGAACAGGCUUGAUGAUGGGGCAGAAAUGUUGCUGUAAAGUAAGAAUGUUUCCCAGAUGUUGAAAGUUGUUAAAGGCUGUACUGUCUGUUUCCAAAUGCUGUUGGGUUUUUGGAGGCUCUGGAAAAAAAUGCAUUAAAACAACAACAAAGAAAAACCUGCAACGAAA